CGUGGUGUCUGCACUAUUUACCGGUAUCCGGUGAAUUGGUUUAUUUUUGAGUAUUCAAUCUAGCCGCAUUAUGAAGCUAGUAAGAUUUUUGAUGAAACUCAGUCACGAGACUGUUACAAUAGAAUUGAAAAAUGGUACCCAAGUCACCGGUACGAUUACAGGUGUCGAUGUUGCAAUGAACACACACUUGAAAACAGUGAAAAUGACAGUAAAGAAUCGCGAGCCGAUACAGUUAGAAACCCUCAGUUUACGGGGUAACAACAUUAGGUAUUACAUUUUGCCCGACUCGCUGCCCCUGGAAACGUUGCUGAUAGAUGAUACGCCGAAGGCUAAGGCCAAGAAGAAGGAAGCUGCUAGAGGUGCUGCCCGUGGCAGAGGACGCGGCGCCAGGGGCGGUAGGGGUGGCAGGGGUGGGCGAGGUAGAGGAAGGGGCAGGCGAUAGGGACAUUCAAUAUAUAUUCUUCGCAUUUUCAUUAUAUAAAUUUCUACUCUUCUACUUCUAUCUUUGUGAAAUUGUGAUUCUACUAAUUUGAUAAAAACGUAUCUAUACGAAGCUGUUCUUUCGCUGUGUCUCUCUGAUACUAAGUUUCAAGAUAAUGUAGAUUCAUUUUUAAUAGAUUUAAAUGUAGCAUACAUUGAUACAGGCAUUCCGAUAUAAUCUUGUAUUUGAUUUUAUUAUUUUGAUACUCUCAAAGAAAUUUCAACUUAAAAUGAUUUGUAAAGUUGACUUCUCUUUCAUUCAUCACAGUCGCAUAUGUACACGCUAUAUAAUUAUACGAUUUUCAUUGUACGAUUCAUUUAAUGUAAUUUAAAUUUGUUAUAUUCGAAUCUAUUAAUUUGAUUUCACAGUAUUAAUUAAAAAAUUUUCUAAAAAGAAUUACAAUCCACAAUUGUAAGAAUUACGUUAGUACAAAUUAUUUCAUCAUGCGAUAUUAUUAUAAAAUUACUAUUCAAUUAAAGUAAAAUGAUCAGUUUCUCUGUAAUUUCAAUAUCAACGAGGAUUUUCUGAAUAAAAUAGUAUCAAUAAAA